AUAAGUAGAAAUGACAUAUAUGAUGCCACUGAUUGUAGCGCUGGCGCACACAAUGAACAUCCAUCCUUUGCAUCAAUUAAAAAUGAAUAUGAAAUCCCUGAUGUAAUUUGGAAAAGCAUUAAAGACAUCAUGAAUACAGAUGACACCAUUGCAGAAAAACUAAAAAAAAUAGAUGCUCUAAAGCCUUGCAAUAAUAACGAAAGAACACAAAAAGAGGUGUACAGGCACAUGUAAGUACACGUAGAAUAUCCAAAAUUGAAUUACACACUAAAGGUUGUAUAUCAUUUUUUAGACUAAGCAUGCACCUAUACAAGGCGCAUUUGUUUUCCGAUGGACAAAUAAAAAAUUAUUCAGAGGAAGAUUACAAAGUGAAGUUCUGGUCUUUUAUUUUGGAAGAAUUCUUUGGUAGUUCUUCCGUGACAAUCAAAUGGUGGGAUACUGUUCCAAACAGCUUUAGAAGCUUGGAUACAGAGCCAAAUUUGGACCUAAGGGUAAUCUCUUCUCCGUCAACAGCACGUCUGGACGAUUUUGACAAGCAAUGCAAGGUAGCAAAGGUGCACCUAGAUAAGUUGAAGCUCGUGCUAGUUGCAAAACAUCAUCUCAACUACUACCACAAGAAGAUGAAAACAGACAAUAUAUUAAUUCCGUUCAUGCUGAUCAUAGGCUUUGACUGCCAACUACUUGGACUACGACUGAUCCAGCCUAAGCUCUACUGCCUUGACAACAUCGGGACAUUUUCUUUUCCUAUCAACAAGAAGCAUAUAAAAGAAGGAGCUAUUGAGGAUAUAGUAAACAUCCUCACAUUUGCAAGAGUGCAAGCCAUAGAGUUGAAAAAUAAAAUCAACAAUUUAGAAAGAACCAAGCACAUAAGCAAGCUGGCAAAGGACUUGAGAUCUACCAGUGGAAGAGAUGCCUGGUGUACAGAUGUUAUCUGGCCUUCAGACCAGGUAAUUCCAGGCUUCGCGGGAGAGGAAAAAGCUGAAGACAAUGAAUAGGCCAAAGAGCAUUUUUGCAAUGAUAUGUUUUUGUUAUAAUUUACCUUGUAUACGUUUUUCAAUUCUUAACAUGCAUCUUCAUAAGGAAAGCCUCUUCUCUCAGAGUAAUAUCAACAAUUACUCUGAGGAAGAUUACAAACUCAAGUUCUGGACGUUCGUACUAGAGGAGAUCUUUGGGUAUUCUUCUGUAGUCAUCAGUGUUUAAUGAAAUAAAUCCUUAU